AUGGUGGCGGAAACAAAACUAUACGACGCCCUAGGCAUCAAACCCGAUGCCUCACAGGACGACAUCAAAAAGGCCUACCGGAAAGCCGCUUUGAAAUAUCACCCCGACAAGAACAAAGAUGAUCCCAAGUCGGCGGAGAAAUUMAAGGAGGUCUCUCAAGCCUACGAAGUCCUCUCCGAUCCCGAGAAACGUAAAGUCUACGAUCAAUACGGCCUCGAUUUUCUAUUGCGCGGGGGCCCGGCACCCGGCCCCGGUGGCGCCCCCGGUGCAGGCGGAUUCGAAGGCUUCGAGGGCGGCAUGCCUGGCGGAUUCGCCUUUGGCGGGAUGCCCGGCGGCGGGGGAACCCGCACGUUCCAUUUCUCGACUGGUCCGGGCGGCGGGGGCGGGUUCCGCUUCAGCUCGGCGGAUGAUAUCUUCCGAAACUUUGCGAAGGCGAGCGGGGGCGGUAUGGGCGGUGGAAUGGACGAUGAUGACCUGUUCAAUAUCCUCGGCGGGCUAGGUGGUGGCGGUGGUGGUGCUCGUGGGUUCAGGACGAGUCGCGGCGCUGGUGCUGGAGCUGGCGGUGCGGGAGCUCAAGGAUUCCAGCAGGCGAACCGGGCGCCAACGCCCGAGCCGACGGUCGUCGAGAAGGAGCUACCGCUGACGUUGGAUGAGAUUUUCAAGGGAACGACGAAGAAGGUGACAGUGAAGAGCAAGACGUUCGAUGCGAGCGGGAAGCGGACCGUCCAGGACGUGACAUUGGAGGCCAAUAUUAAACCUGGUCUGCGGACGGGCUCGAAGAUCAAGUACCGCGGUGUCGGAGACCAGGAAGAGGGCGGACGCCAGGAUGUCCAUCUCAUCGUUACAGAGAAACCGCACCCCGAUUUCAAACGCCAGGGCGACAACCUCAUCACAACAGUCGAGCUCUCUCUCAAGGAAGCCCUGACAGGCUGGGAACGUAUCGUACGCACCAUCGACGGCAAAUCCAUCCGUGUCUCCAAGCCUGGUCCCACACCACCCGGCUACGAAGAAAAGUUCCCCGGCCUGGGCAUGACAAUCUCGAAGAAACCGAGUGAGCGGGGCGAUCUCGUUGUCCGCGUGAACGUCAAGUUCCCGGCCAGUCUGACGGCCGCGCAGAAGGAUAUCCUCAAGGAUGUACUGCCAUGA